CAAAAGUAUAUUGAAACAAAUAACAAAAUCUAUUAUCAGUAAUAACUAUUUAUUUUUCGAGAGCAUUAAACACAUCAGUAAACAAUACCCCCUCUACCGAUAGAACAUAACGUAAUUACUUAUCAGCACUUACCGAUUGACCACUGACCUCUUGUUAUGCCAACCACUACAGAUAUUGUUCCCUCAGAUGUUGUAAUCAUAUAUUAGUAAGAGUUUGACCUGUGAAAAUGUGUUCUAUAGCACUAAGCCGUGUUCUCCUCGUUCCUAGAGUUAUAGUUCCUAAACCAAUACUCGGAGCGGAGUCCGCGCGUUUGUAUAGUGACGAGUCCAAAGCAAGGAAAACGCCAUUAUACGACUUGCACACUAAAUAUGGAGGUAAAGUGGUCGAUUUCGCCGGAUUUCUCCUCCCAGUACAAUAUUCAGACUUAAGUCUAUCUGAAUCACACUUGUUUACUAGAAGAAGUGCUUCGAUUUUCGACGUCUCCCACAUGCUGCAGACGAAUGUGCGAGGUAAAGACUGUCUGUCUUGGUUCGAGUCGAUAUGUCCAGUCGACUUGAAAGGAAUGCAGGAUGGCUCUAGCUCCCUCACCGUGUUUUUGAACGACAAAGGUGGAAUUAUAGACGAUUUGAUUGUUACCAAAGUGAAUGCAGAGACUCUGUACAUAGUCUCGAACGCCGGGCGAUUGGAAGUGGAUAAGCAGCACAUGAAAGAAACAUCAGAGAUAUUUAAAAAACAAGGUAACGAUGUGAAUGUUGAAUUCUGGGACACCAGCGAGAGAGCUCUGAUCGCGUUACAAGGGCCUAAAGCAGCGUCGGUCUUGCAGGACCUAACCGAUAUACCUCUAAAGGAUUUAGUCUUCAUGACCUCCAGACUGGGCAAAGUGGCCGGUGUCGACUGUCGUGUUACAAGAUGCGGAUACACAGGGGAAGAUGGUGUCGAGAUUUCUAUACCCGCGGACAAAGCAGAACAUGUGACCGAGGCUCUGUUACAGUCCAGUGAUACAAAGCUCGCGGGUCUAGGUGCAAGAGAUUCUCUUCGUCUAGAAGCCGGACUGUGUCUCUACGGCAAUGAUAUCGACGAAAGUGUGACUCCCGUCGAAGCCAACCUUACGUGGCUGAUAGCUAAACGCAGACGCACCGAUAGCAACUUCCCGGGGUCGUCGAUAAUACUGCGACACAUUAAGGAAGGCGUGUCUAAGAGGCGAGUGGGUAUUCGAAUGGACAGCGGUCCACCGGCGAGGAAGGGAGCAGUUCUGAAGGACGCCAAGACUUCAGAGACCGUGGGCUCCGUGACCAGUGGCUGCCCGGCGCCUUCACUCGGCGGCAAUGUAGCCAUGGGGUACAUCAGCGAAGCGCUCAAAAAAGCCGGCACCGAACUGUUAGUCAACAUCAGAGGCAAAGACGUACCCUGCGUGGUCGCUAAAAUGCCCUUCGUUCCCUCAAAAUACUACAUUAAAAAAUAAUAAAAAAAUCUAAUUUACGAAA